GUCGCCAGACCAUAGUUUGACAGAUAAUACCGGUAAUAAUAAUCAACUUAAACCGGUAAUGUUUUGGAUAUAUGGCGGCGGACUAUCAAUGGGAUCCAUAUUUCAAGACAUGUAUAAUGGAUCCGUGUUGGCGGCCACCGGUGAUGUGGUAAUAGUUGCGGCCAACUAUCGAGUCGGUGCUCUCGGCUUUCUGUACGGUGCCGAUAAUAGUGCACCGGGAAAUGUAGGACUAUAUGACCAACUGUUGGCACUCAAAUGGGUUAGAGAUAAUGCUCAGGCAUUCGGUGGUGACAGGGAUAGGAUAACCAUAUUUGGUGAAUCGGCUGGCAGUAUGUCCGUAUCGGCACAUGUACUGUCACCGCUAUCGAGUGGACAGUUUCGUAGAGCUAUUAUGUUUAGCGGUUCCGUUAUGUAUAACAAAGACCGGCCUAUUAUUGAUACAAUAGAAGCACUGGAAAAGUCAAAACAAAAAGCCAAAGAACUGGGAUGCGAUCCAUACGACUAUCAUUGGUUGGACUGUUUGCGAGAUAUUAGUGAUCCGAAACUAUUUAAAGAUCCGCCCGUCAGUAACGGUCUUUCUUCGAGUAUUUUUCCCGUAAUUGGUACUGAAUUUUUGCCACAAUUACCGCAAAAAGCAUUUGAACUGGGUCAGGUUAAUACAGAUAUAGAUAUACUGUCGGGUACGACAACACACGAGGGACUAUCAAUGGCAUUGAUGUUGUUUCCGGAAACAAUGGGUUCACAGUUAACAGUUGAACAGUUUACCACAAUUUUAGCUAAAGUUGAUCAAUCGUUUCAUAACUUGGAUAUUGCAAAUAUAACAAAAUAUUAUCUCAAUAAUGUGGACACCACUAGUGUACAUGACAUGCGUAUGGCACUGGGAGAUCUAAUGGGUGAUCUAUUUAUGGUGUGUCCAACGUUUAAGUUUGCAAAAACAUUUGCUCAAAAUAGUCGAAAUAAUAAUGUCUACUAUUAUCAAUUACAAUAUAAAGCUGAAAAUAGUUUAUCAGCACCGUUAGAUAAAGCACUGGGAUUAGAUGCCAGUGUUGUACAUCAUGGAUCGGAUAUUGAAUUUAUAUUUGGCAUACCUCUACUCAAACCGGAAGGUUAUAGCGAACUGGACUAUGAUUUUAGUCUACAUGUAAUGCAAUUGAUUAGUAAUUUUGCUAAAUAUGGUAAACCAGAUAAUGAUUGGCCAAAAUUAUUGGACACUAACAGUAAAGAUAGCAUAAUUGUGACCAAAAUACGUGCGCUAACACCGCACGACUUGACAAGUAUUAUAGAUAACCCAUUUGAUAGCACGUGUGGCGAUGUUUGGAAAUAUUAUUUUUAAAGAAUGGAUUUCAAACUU